AGCGAGAUCCCACAGACAAUCAAAGAUGCGAUGGAGGUGUGUUGCGGCAUCGCACACCGCUAUUUGUGGGUCGAUGCUCUCUGUAUCGUUGAAGACGACGACAGAGACAAGGGCAUUCAGAUUAGGGCCAUGGACGUCAUAUACGGCUGCUCGAAUCUCAUUAUUGCGGCGACAUGCGGCGACGGGGCCGAGGCAAGUCUACCGGGUGUCAGUCCUGGUUCUCGAAACUUUACCCAAAGAACCGAAAUCAUCCAGGGUCAUCGUCUGGCCAACCGCCCCCAGGACUUCAACAAAUUCGUCUCCGAGUCUAAAUGGAACACGAGAGCUUGGACGUUCCAGGAAAGGGUACUGUUCAAUGGGAAGCUCUUCAUCACGCCUCAGAUGAUGUUUUUUCGGUGCAGCCAUCACCCUCGUUGA